GCUGUCAAAUUGCUACAAUUCCCAAUUCCUAACAAAAUGAUAUAAUCGUGUUAAAAACAAAUCCAAAAUAUCGAAAUCGGUGGCCCGUGCGAUGUAUAAUAGGCAGUCUCGGUUCAUAUUGCGUAGCAUUUUGUCGACGCACUACAGCUACAGUAACGCUCAGUAUCUCUCUACCAGCUCAUCGCUGAAAAGCGCCAACUAUUAUCAAGCUCUUGGAAUAGUACAGAGCUCAACCCAGAGCGAGAUAAAGUCAGCAUACUACAAACUCUCGAUGCAAUAUCAUCCGGAUAAAAAUAAAGGUUGUGAAAAUUCUGCGAAAAAAUUUCGAGAAAUCACCCAAGCAUAUGAAGUACUAGGCAACUAUCGCUUAAGGAGGCUAUAUGACAAAGGCAUUAUACACACAGCGGGAUCAACAUAUGCGCAGCCAACGGAGCACGAACCGGAAGAAGAAGACGAUCCGGAAACAAAGUUUUACAAAUCUAGAUUUAAGAAAUCAAAAGUUUCCGAUGAAAUGGGACGCACGCCCAUUUAUGAUUUUGAUGAGUGGUCUCGCGCUCAUUACGGUAAAUCCUUUCAAAGACGGCAAGAUGCCAAACAGAAAUUUGAUCGCAAGAAAGCUCAGAACCGCGACCAUGUAUUAGCUUUACAAAACGAAAUGGUGCUUUUCGGACUCGUAUUUCUUGCAGUGGUCAUGUACGCCGUAUUUUACACUGAGUCGUCACUAGACACACCAAAGGAACGCGCUAUUCGAGCUGCAGAAAAAAUGAAAACUGACAUGGAGGGUGAGAAGUCAAUAAUGAACGCCAACUCUACAAGCCCAGAAACAUAGUUGUGAUAAAAUAUCAGGAAAGAUUUAGAGGCAAUGUGUAUAGAUAUUCUAUUUUUAACUACAUACAUAUAUGUAUUCAAGCUGUAGGUAGAAGAAUUGUAACAUAAAUUUAUGGUUAGUAUAUUUUGAUUUAAUACAUAAAACAAAUUGUUACCAUUU